CGAAAAUGAAUGAUGAAUAAUGCAUUGUGAACAUUACGACAGCAUGAUUUUAAAUUCCAUGUUCAAAAAUUCCCAAUGAAUAUAAACUAAAAUAGAAUGUGGUCGAGAUUUUUUAUAUUGCUUGCACAUUUUCUCAUUCUGUAUACGUAUUUCGAUCGAUUCAAGAUGCUGUCAUAAAGCAUAUAAAUAAUUGGUGUUUCUUUAAAAGAAUUCCGAUGUAAUCGUUGAUCGCUCAUCUUUUUUACAUAAAUUAUAACUAUAAUUCCACUAAUAGCUUGAUUGUCAACAUAGUUAACCUUACAAUGAAAACGCAAGUGAUCACGUGACCGAGUAUGCAGAAAUGAUCGUAAUCAAUCCUAUUAAACUAGUCUUCUUCUAGCUUUUGUCAAGCACAGAGUGAAAGUUCUUCAAAGCUCUACAUAUUAACUUAAUUAACUAAUUCUAAAAAUGUAUUACAACGCAUACAGAAAGUAUAAUCAAAAUUUGAUGAUAUCUAAAUUCUAUUUCUUCAAAAUACUCGGAUUGUCACCUUGGUCACUAAAUCUUUCUGCUGUGCUGCCAAAAAACCGGCAUUUCAAAAUCACUCUCUGUAAAUUUUCUUACGUUGGAUCACUUUACAAUAUUUCCUUAGCAAUUUUAGUGACUAUAUCGGGUUUUUACGCUUUUCAUCGUCGAAGUGUCAUCCAAGGAGAAAAUGAUGCAUUACUGACUGUGUCGACGGUGAGAUUAAUGGAAUACCUUGCCAUACUAAAGUCGAGUGUCCUCUUCUUAAUCUACACAUUGCGACAGAAGAAAAUGAUUAGUGUCAUCAACGGGAUCAAUAACGUCAACUAUAGAUUGGAAAAAUACGGAUGGAACAUUUCAAGAGAUUAUUUAAUUAUUAAUAUGGUAUUCAUUAUAAAUGUGUUUCUAUCUGUUGUUCUUGUCACGUUGGAAUUGUGUGUACUUUCAUUUUCGGAAGCACUAAUGCGAUGCUUUCCUUCGAUUCUCUUUUGCUGGUUCCUGGUGCAAUAUACGAUCGUAUUGGAUGUAAUUAACAAAAGAUUUAAAUACAUCAAUUUAAGCAUCACAAAAUUGGGCAGUUUGAAAGAAAAUUCAGAAUUACCGCAGCGAUUAUUUAUCACCAAAUUGUCAUUUUUGCACGAAUCGGUAAUUUGUGAUGUGAUAAAUCUCAAGCAUGCGUACAACAACUUGUGUGAAAUUUGCAGAGUGGUUGCCGAUUUUUAUGGGCUAAUAAUUUUGGGAGUUAUUUUGCACAAUGGAGCAGUAAUAAUACUUAUUUUGUACUUCACGUUGCUUCGUUUUUUCAGUACAGAGGAAAUUGUUUUUUUAAAAAUUAUUUCUCAGGGAGUAUGUGUGUUGUGGAUGAUGUUUCAAAUAGUUGUAUUCACCACUUACGUUGAUAAAACAAUUGACCAGGUGGGUUACUUUUUCAAAAUUUCAUCAUUUUUGAAUUAUAAAUUAACGAUUAAUUUUAGAGUAAAAAGACAGCAAGCAUUAUUAAUGCACUCAUUCGUCAAAAUAGGAUGGAUGAUAAAGUCGAAAAAGAACUACUCAAAUUUCUACGUGAUCUUUCAUUUCGGAAAAUCAAAUUCACAGCGUAUGAAAUAAUUUCACUUGACCGUUCAAUUUUAGCGAAUCUUGCCGGUACCGUUGCAACUUAUUUAAUAAUUCUUAUUCAAUUCCGUGUAAGCGCACCUCCAGAAUCGUCCACUUCUACUCAAUACAAUCCUACAACAUUGGCCUCGACUCAUACAAAAGCGUACACAGAAGAAAAUAUGGAAUAUACCCAUAAAAUAUAAAACACUCACGCGACACAAUCGAUAAUUUUUUAAUUGAUAUUCAAACAUUAGUUUUAGUUAGUCGUCACAGAAAUUUUACAAAAUUUUCAA